AUGGAAUCCAUUCUUCAAGGACUGGAUCACGUUGUCAGCUUCUACGACGACGUCAUCGUAUUCGCUAAGAACUUCGACGAGCUCCUGCUAGCUCUUACCGCAACGAUGGACAGGAUGAAACAAAAUGGUCUACGACUCAACCGUACGAAAUGCAUCUUCGCCACGUCAUCGCUCGAAUGCCUGGGUCAUCGGAUCGACCGCCACGGCUUGCACAAAUCGGAUAAGCACGAUGAAGCUAUACGUGACGCACCACGUCCGACUACCCCGGAGGAAUUACAGCUAUUCCUAGGUAAGGCAACCUACUAUAGUGCGUUCAUUCCCAAUCUUUCUUCAAGGGCUAGAAGUUUACGCGACAUGUUGCUAGCCGAUCCAUUCGAAUGGACACCCGAAGCAGACAGGGCCUAUCAAGACUUAAAACAGGUUCUGGUCUCACCUCAAGUGUUAAUGCAAUAUGACCCUUCCCUACCGCUAAUUCUUGCAACGGACGCAAGCAAAACUGGUCUUGGUGCCGUUGUCUCACACCGUUUGAGCAAUGGCAUGGAGCGACCGAUAGCAUACGCCAGUUGUACCAUGUCCGCCACCGAACAACGGUACCCACAAAUCGACAAAGAAGCUCUCGCCUUCGUUUGGGCGGUAAAGAAAUUCUUUCACUACCUAUACGCGCGUAAGUUCACGCUGAUUACGGAUUAUAAGCCGCUUACGCAAAUCUUCCAUCCAGAAAAAUCACUCCCUACGCUGUGUAUUAGUCGAAUGGCAAACUACGCCGAUUACCUGGCUCACUUCAAUUUCGACGCGGUCUACAAACCAACCAGUCAAAAUACGAAUGCCGACUACUGCUCCAGAAUCCCAAGCCAAACGGUACAAUCUGAUGUCAAUCGCUUGUCUCUCCACGAGGGAAGAAAUAACGAAGACGAGUUUGAACAGUUUUCCUUACAUCAGAUUCAGCAACUGCCAGUGCGAGCGGAACACAUUGCACGUGAGUCACGAAAGGACACGAACCUUGGAGGGAUCAUUCAAGAACUGGAAUUGGGACGAAAUUUAAUGCAGCUGGGUUACAAGUCACCGGAAGCAAGAUACACCCUAGUUGCUAACUGUCUACUCUUUGAGCACCGUGUUGUCAUACCACCUACUCUUCGGCAAACGAUCUUGAACGACCUUCACGUGGGACACAUUGGAAUCGUCAAAAUGAAGGGAUUGGCACGUUCUUUCGUAUACUGGCCAGGGAUAGACGCCGACAUCGAAAACACGGCAAGAUCCUGUACGGAAUGUGCACAACAUGCAUCAGCACCACCGAAAUUCAACACACAUCAUUGGGAGUACCCGAACGGUCCAUGGGAGCGAAUACAGGUCGACUACGCUGGUCCAGUGGCAGGUUCGAUGCUGCUAAUCGUCGUCGACGCAUAUAGCAAGUGGGUCGAAGUUAAAAUCACCAACUCAACUACAACUGCUGCCACGAUCAAUCUUCUCGAUGGAUUAUUUGCCGCCUACGGAGCACCAAUAACAGUUGUAUCGGACAACGGUCCUCAAUUUACUGCCGAGGAAUUCUAA